AGCUCCUCUGCUUUGAAAGCUGGUGCUCACUGUGUGCCUACUAUCACCCAGCACAGCACCGCACAGCUCCCUGACUCUGCAUCAGCGAGUGCGGAAACUUUCUAAAUGAUCUUCAAAAAUGAACAUUUAAGUACUGUGGACUGAAUUCCUGUGCUGAAAUCACACACUCCUAUUUAGCCGUUUCAUGCUGCUGUCUUCACACAGGAGAAUACUGGAAGUAUAUACAGCCAGGUUUGGCUUGGAGUUCACCCCCAAAGAGUUCCCAGACCUCUCACCAUGAAUUCUGCUGCAGGAGAGUGGCUCAGGGUCGCUGUCUGGCUAUUCAUAGCUCAAACAGUUGCUGCAAUGUUGAUUCCUAAUGCCACACAGUUAGAGAGCCUCUUGGAAAAGUAUAUGGAUGAAGAUGGUGAAUGGUGGGUUGCCAAACAGAGAUCUAAGAGGGCCAUAACGGAGAGUGACAUGAAGGUCAUCCUGGAUCUGCAUAACACCUUGAGAGGUCAAGUGUAUCCUCCUGCUUCCAACAUGGAGUAUAUGGUAUGGGAUGUGGAACUGGAACGAUCAGCUGAAGCCUGGGCAGAAACGUGUCUAUGGGAACAUGGUCCGGCAAAUUUGCUUCCAUCUAUUGGUCAGAACUUGGGUGCUCAUUGGGGAAGAUACAGGCCACCAACUUACCAUGUCCAGGCUUGGUAUGAUGAAGUGAGAGAUUACACAUAUCCAUAUCCACAGGAAUGUAACCCUUACUGUCCAUUCAGGUGUUCUGGCCCUGUUUGCACCCACUAUACACAGGUGGUGUGGGCAACAAGCAGCAGAAUUGGUUGUGCUAUAAACCUGUGUCAUAACAUGAACGUUUGGGGACAGAUAUGGCCAAAGGCAAUAUAUUUAGUGUGCAAUUACUCUCCAAAGGGUAAUUGGUGGGGACAUGCUCCCUACAAACAUGGCCGUCCUUGCUCGGCUUGCCCACCCAGUUAUGGAGGAGGUUGCAGGGAGAAUCUUUGUUUCCGAGAUGGUACAGAUUUGCACUAUCCUAUCCCUGAACCAGAAGAAGAGACCAAUGAGAUUGAAAGACAACGUUCAAAGGCUCUUGACACCACUUCGCAAAGCAGAGCGAGAACUCACUCCCCGACAUCGUCUACGAGGACAGUUGGCUAUGUUAGCAAUGAAGUUGUCAGUACAGAACAAAUGUCCCAAAUAGUGUCUUGUGAAAUACGACUGAGGGACCAAUGUAAAGGCACAACAUGCAACAGAUAUGAAUGUUCAGCUGGUUGUUUGGAAAGUACCGCCAAAGUAAUAGGAAGUGUUCAUUAUGAAAUGCAAUCAAGCAUUUGCCGAGCGGCUAUACACUCUGGCAUAAUAGACAAUGAAGGUGGAUGGGUAGAUGUUACGAGGCAAGGGAGAAAAAAUUAUUUUAUAAAAUCCUACAGAAAUGGCGUACAGUCAAUUGGCAAAUACCAGUCUGCUAAUUCUUUUACAGUCUCCAAAGUAUCAUUUCAGGCCGUGACAUGUGAAACAACAGUGGAACAGCUGUGUCCGUUCCAAUCUCCAACUUCACACUGUCCCAGGUUAUACUGUCCACGUAAUUGUGCACAAGCAAGUCCAUACUAUGCUCGCGUUUUUGGAACACGGAUUUAUUCUGAUAUAUCAAGUAUUUGCAAGGCCGCCCUUCAUGCUGGUGUAAUGCGCAAUCAACAAGGAGGCUACGUGGAUGUUAUGCCUGUAGACAAGAAGAGACACUAUUUUGGAUCAACUCAGAAUGGAGUCACUUCAGAGAGCUUACAUAACCCAAUGGGUAGCAAGGCAUUCAGAAUAUUUGCUGUCAUUUGAAAACAUUCCAAAGAAAAAUACUUGAAAAUGUCAGAAAUCAAGGAAUAAACAUUUUAAAGUUUGUAUAAAGAUGUAUUCUUAUUGUAUCAUUAAAUAUAAUAUGUAUUUUGGAUCCUAGUUAGAUUUGACUGUAUGAAAUACAGAGUAACUUGUAAAGAGUUAUCAUCUAUUUAGAAUUAUACUAAUUCUUGCUGUACCUGACCUUGUUCAGCAUUCAAGCUAUGUGGUUCCACUGCUGUAGUCAAACUAUUGCCCUUAUUUAUCAAUGAGUGAUAAAUUUCACAGUGAGUGAUAAAUUGCACCAGCCAGUCCGCUCCUAACUGUCAUUUUUCAAACCCAGCCUGUGACAUGGAAGUUAGGAGCUGAUUGGCUGGUGCAAUUUAUCACUCACAGUGAAAUUUAUCACUCACUGAUAAAUAGGGGCAUAUAUUUCUUUUAUCUGAAUGUGCAGUAGUUCGCCAGGCUGUGUCAUUAUCAGGCUAAAAAGGAAUUUUAAUAUUUUAAAAUGUUGAAUUUGAUGGAAAUUUUGUUAUAAAUGUAAAGAAAACAUAUAUUACAUAAGAACAUUGAAAUAACGGAUGCACUGUAACAAAAGUAGCAUUAGGCUAAAGUAUGCCUUUGAAUAGUUGGUGAGACCUACAACAAAAGUAUAGGAAGUCAUUUACUACGCAUAACGUAAUUUUCUAAGCAUACCCGAUGUGCCCUGCAGAAUGCCUUGGCUUUUCAGCAUUGUGCCCAACUGGUAUGCAUGGAACAUGAUACACCUCUAGAUCCGCUCCCCCUACUACCACCCGUUUCAACCAAAUAAUUUUGUAAAAAAUUCUCCUAAAAUAGUGCUUAUGCGGGUACACACUACUCCAAUAUCAGCACGAUUUGUAGUUUCCAGGCAAAUCAGAAAGACAAAUCGGGCAUUUUGGGCAGUGUGUGUAUGCCUGAUUUACAUACUCCAGCGGGCAUUAGCGAUGUCUUCUGUUAGGGAUGUAGUUACAUCACCAGCAGUCCGGAUCCAGGUCUUCACGAUACUGACGCCGGAAUCCAGACUACUGACAAUGCCACCAGCCAGAAUCCUGGCUGACAGGGGAUAUUCCCACUUGUAGGUAUCCACGACACCCAUAGAGUGGGAAUAGAAUAGCCGGGUCCGCAGCGUGGAGAGCACAGCGAGUCCGUAAGAGGAUUCGUUGCACUCGACCCCCUGCCGGCAUUCUAGUGCCCGGGAUCCCGGUGUCGGUAUGCUGACCGCCGGGAUCCCGGCCGCUGGCAUCACAUACGCAACACGCUAGGCUUCCGCUGAGGAGAAUUAUGUUAUAGACCCAGAUAGCGGGCUUUUGAGGAGGAGCAGAAGUCUGUAGUGGCCGCAGGAGAUGGAGUGGGGAAAACACAUAGAAGGUGCAUGAAUGCACCUCAGUUUGUGGAGCAGAUUAGGGAUGAGAUUUCCUCAUAGUGAGUUAAUUGAAAGGAGAUAAAUGGAGGAAAAGGCACAUUGUAAUGGCCUUCCUUGUGGUGUGAAGGGAUGGACUCCAUUUUCCACUUCACAAAAAGACGUGCAUGUUGAUGGUGGUUUUGCAGCCCCUUCUGUACUUUGAUUGGGAUCUAUUUUUUGCCUCCAAGCUACAUUUCAGUGGGGAAGCUAUUACCGGCAGGACAGCGAACAAUCCUGAGGUUUCCCCACACUGUUUAUCUAACAGCCCAUUAUUGUAAAGUGUCCAUCUUAAACUCUGUUAUUAUAUAACUGACACCUUCACUAGAAUGUGCUAUCUACUAACUCGUAGUAAGUUGCAACUACAGAAAAAAAGGAACUCUGUUUUAUUCUCUGUUGCUGGAGCUACAGGCAUUGUAAUAAAAUGCUUCAUACACAUAAAAACACCAUGGGGGUAAAUUUACUAAGGUGGGAGAUUUUUAGAACUGGUGAUGUUGGCCAUGGCAACCAAUCAGAUUCUACUUACCAUUUAUUUAGCUGCUUCUAGCAGAUAAUAAAUAUAAUCUGAUUGGUUGCUAUGGGCAACAUCACCAGUUCUAAAAAUCUCCCACCUUAGUAAAUUUACCCCCAUGUGUAAUAAGCACCGUCCCUCCUCAUGAUUCAUUUAAGCCAUGAAUGAGGUUAAACUAAAGCUGACUACACAUCAGAGUGAUGUGUAGCCGGCCGAUCCGGUGUACGACAGGACCCUGCAUCGGCAAAUACGUACUGUACACACUUCCGAAGCAAAGGGGAGUGGGGAAAUGGAGCUGCAUUCGUCAGCAUUGCAUCGUUAGUGAUGUCUACUGGUUAACUCUGCAACAGGGCCUAACAGAAGCGUUAGGUAUGUGAUGCCGCCGGCCGGGAUCCUGGCGGUCAGCAUACCGACGCUGGGAUCCAAUGCUGGGAUUCCGGCGUCGGUAUCGAGACCGCUGGGAUCCCGACUGCCGGCAAUGUAACUACAUCCCACAGAGAUGUCUUAUUUACAAGUCACUGUUGUGCACUGGAAUCACUUUGGUAAAAUUACACAUACAGUAUAGUCAACUUUCCAUAUAUAACUGAGCUUAUGCCUAGUCUCCACGGGAUCCGGUCUCUAGGUCGUCAGUAACUAGGUCGACAGUGUUUAGGUCGACCACUAUUGUUCGACAGUAACUAGGUCGACAGGGUUUCAAGGUCGUCAGGGUCUCUAGGUCGACAUGUUCUAAGUCGACAAGACAAAAGGUCGACAUACGUUUUUCAAUUUUUUUUCUUUUUUUAAACUUUUUCAUACUUAACGAUCCACGCGGACUACGAUUGGGAAUAGUAACCUGUGCCAAGCACAGCGGUAGAGGAGCGAUGCACCUUGCCCGAAUGCGAGGGGACACGGUGCACUAAUUGGGGUUUGCGCUCACUGUAUGGAGAAAGCGACACCAAAAAAACAUAAAAAACUCAUGUCGACCUUUUUACCUGUCGACCUAGACCAUGUAGACCUAGUUACUGUCGAUCAAUAGUGGUCGACCCAAACAUGGUCGACCUAUGCACUGUCGACCCUAUGAACCAUACCCGUCUCCACCACCUCCGCACACAUGUAGAAAUGCGUUUUGCAGGAAGAUGAUGCAAAGCUCAAUACUAAGAAUACCAAAAAAUGCUCUUUAUUCCCUGAAUCCCAUCUACACAUCUUUAUUUGAAGGUUCGUAAAUGACUGAAUGCUGCCUAAAAGCCUGACACUGUAGUAACAUUAAAAUGGGUGAUCCCCACUACUUUAUAUUAGGUUUAUAAUUAAAUAAUAAAACAACAUUUAUUUCAGUCUCCAAUUAGGUAAAAUAAUGUUAAAAAUGAAAACUUUAAAUUUCUACUUGCAGUGGAUCAUUUAUUGCUGCUAUUUUGUCCCAAAAAUAUAAUAUUGUUCAGAAAUUAGAUUUAGGAAUUUAAAAUGUGUAAAUAUUGUUUAUAUUUGGGUAGGAUUGUGUCUUUGUUAUAUAUUUUUUAUUUUUAAUGGAAUUAAUCUAUAAAAAGCCGAAUUUUUUUUUUUGUAUAGCCUGGCAAAUAUUCCUGCAGGCCAGGAAGUGUACAGAAUAAUAGUUUAUAAUGCAAUUUAAUAUGCAUUCAGUUUUAGUAUAGUCUAUUCACUUUUCAUUGGAAAAUGCUAGUUGUCAAGAAUUUUACCACAUGUUGGUACAAAACUGUCACUUAUAAUACAUGUCCUACGUGGGAAAAAAAAUAAAUUUUUCUUUUUUAAA